AUGGUGACAGUAAGGACUGUUAUUGGUCUAGCUGCUGCAGAAAAUUGGUGCAUAUACCAAAUGGAUGUCUACAAUGCUUUCUUGCAAGAUGAACUCACUGAAAAGGUAUUCAUGGAAUUGCCUAAAUGUCUAAAGGUUGCCAAUGCUCAGCCUAUAGUAUUUGAAGCAGGCAUUACUGCAAGGAAGAUAACAAUCACCCUUUUGGAAUGUAAUGUGAAGCUCACUACAACAUUUGAAGAUGAAAGUGAGGAGGAGUUGCACCCGGAUGUUACUCAGUAUCAAAGAAUGAUUGGCAAGUUACUGUACUUAACCAUUACCAGACCUGACAUUGCUUACACAGUCCAAACUCUCAGUCAAUUCCUGCAAAGACCAAAAGCUCAGCACUGGCAAGCUGUUAUUAGAGUUCUUAGAUACAUCAAGAAUCAACUUGGAUUGGGAUUACUUAUGUCCUCACAGAAGAAGAUGAAACUCACUGUUUUUUGUGAUGCAGACUGGGCAGCAUGUCCAAAUACCAGGAGAUAA